UUGUUACAGGAACUGAAAGGUCCAAAGGAUACACAUGAAGCAAAAUAUUCUGUUGUGGUAAAACUGUUUGAGCCAAUAAUCACCCGCUUCGUGCGCAUCAUCCCAACUUCUGCGCCGCUUCUCAAAAUAAUGCGGGCUGAGCUUUACGGCUGCAUAGCGGAGCCCAUGCCCCCUUAUAACGGUAAUUAUUAUAUGACUAAGUCAUUUCUUGUUUUGUAAUCGGUCAAUGUUUAAUAUCCUUGACAUUUUUAACACUAAUGCGUUCUUCGUUGCGUGUUUUAUGUACUCAUAUCACAAUAACACCACAUUGUUACUAAUCGCCAAGUACACACAUAUUAUGCUGGAAAUGCUAAUAACUACCGACCAUAUUUCUGUAGAACAAACAUUAAACAGUUCACAAUCCUCCAUCUAGGAAAUAAACUAUGGAACUCCCUUCUCCAUAAUCUUACGGAACUGACAAGUUAAUCUAUUCUAGUAGAUUCAAGACUUCAUAAAAAAAUACCUUAUCGAGGGCUAUAAAUUCAAAUCGCCUGAUCAUGAUAUGGCAGCUUAUCAAGUUAAGUCACUUAAUACUGAUUAUAUUUAGUUUUGAACUCUUUUUGUAGCUUUUCCUGCCCUGUAAAUUUGCAAUCUUAGUUUUAAAAUAUAUACACAUGUAUAUUUUUCCUUUUCUUUCUGUAAUAUUUAUUCUAUGCGGCAAAUGUGAAAUAAGUAAAAUAAAUAAAUAACUUUAUUAUUGACUACUUUGUCGAACGGGGUAAAAUGAAGCGAAGCAUGUGUAACACUGUUUGGCUAACCGAGUGGGAAGUAUGACCCUAUCUUGGUUGCCCAGGACUUGACCAAUAGCUAUUGUAGCUAUUUCCUGUUUUAUAGAAGGAAAGCCAUACAACAAAAACUUCUAAGCCUCUAUUUCUGGGAUUUUCGUAAAUCAUGGAUCGUCGUUUUUCACACGAUAUUUUCGUCGACUUCCAAACUGUUUGCAGCAGUAACCGUAAAACGAAUGCAAUAAAAAACGCAUCUUUGAUAAUUCUCUAGCAAGAAGUCUCCAAAACAAGUCGAGUGGAAAUUCAAGUACGUUUAAAAGAAACAUUGACUUCUCUGAGGCCAAUCACAACAAACUGUCGCUAGCUUACAUGCACAAAUUAGGUUCGAGCCCGGGUUUUACACGCCCAUUGGUGGGUCAUGUAAACCGCAAUAUCAGGUUUAUUUCCAAAAUUCUGUAGAUUUACCAAGUUAACGAAAUUAUAACAACGAAGUGGCGAAUAGUGUAGGUCUCACAGAGAUUCCCUCUAAUCUAAGGGCGCUUAUAGUAAUAUACUACAAGCUGAGGGAGAUCAAUCGUGACUGAUCAUCAUCACCACCAAAUGAAUGUUUGUCUGUAUCUUUAGGUGUUCCAGAGUACUACAGAAGAACUGUCUUGUUGGAUCAAGAGUUCGGCUGGUUGUAUGUCUGCAUGUACACUAGAGACAGGCACACAACAUACUAAAGUCAUGAAAAUCACUAUAACCUUAAACACGUAACCGGCAAAGAUUGGUUAACGCCAAUUAAAAUCCCAGAUAAAAACUUCGUCAAUUGUUGGCGCAAUGAGAGGUUGUUUACUUGUCUGGGAUUUAGAAGUAGAAACCAUUUAAAUAUUUUACGAUAUGUCUCACUUGAGGUAUAUAUAUGAUAAACGACUAAAGAAAGAUGAAAAGCGUCUAAAGAAAGAUGAAAAUUGAUAAAUUUAAACUGCAUAGUCUACUCCAUCCAAUUUUGGUAGGAAAUGAUUCAUCAAAGACCUCUCAACAGGGCCGGCUUUAGUGAGCUUCACUCCCAAACGUCGUUUUCUUUACCUUCUUCCCCAGCCAACGAGUUGCAAUUUUCUCUCACUCCCUGUAAGGUAGAGGAAGAAGGUGGUUUGCUGUCAGAAAGAAUUAGAAUUAAAAUGCUAUUCGAGAAAGUAGAUUUAAUACACUCAAGGAUACAAUCUGCGCGUGGCUUAAGCCAUUCGGAAAAAGAUAGCCAAAUAAGAAUUGUAAUAAUCUAAAUUUUGAUAGAAAAGAUAUUUUUGGACGUAUCCUUCUUUUAUUUCUAGGUUACCCUUAAGUCUUAAGUGUAUCUGUGUGGAUCAAAAUAUUGGCGUUAUGUACUCUACCCUAAGUGAGACUAAAAUCUAUAAUUUCACCCAAAAAUGACGUGCACCCUCCCAUCCCUUUCAUAUGCGAGUUAAUCCCCACAGGUUCACUGAUUUCACUUUAGUCUUGCACUUAAUAGUUACGAUUGACUCUGUAAUAUUGUCAUUGCGUGGUUAGAUCAGUAAGCAGCUGUUUCUCAACAAGUGAUGGAAAGGAUUGGAGAGGUGAGUUUUCUACGUCGACAAGUACCCUGGCGGGGUCUAUUUCGGACCAAACAACGUGAUUUUCCCUGCCCUAUUUCAGACCUGAAAAGCUUUUCUCAACAGGUUUAGCCCCAGAUCCUGGAUCAAAAAGAGCACAAAAUCUUCCCCUGAUUCACACCCAAUCCGAUUAAACUCUACGCCCUAUUUCAGACCUUAAGGGAUAUACGGUAAAAUUUGGUACCCCUUCGUUGCGCCCAGAUAGUUAGUAUAGCUUAUAUAAGGAAGCACCGCCUGAAAUUUAGUGAACUGAAAGGAUGCUUGGCUUCAAACGACACUUUUACGAGGAAUUAAUGAUAUUUACAUUCCCCGGGAGUAUUUUUUGCAAGGACGAAAACAGCAAGAAAACAAAAAUCAAGGUACAGCAGAUCGUGUACUGUACAACAAAUGCAUCCUGCGUGCAGGUGUCUUCUAUUUCUUUUGCAUUGCGCGAGACGAAAACACCACAUUCCGUUUUAUUCUUGACAGUGUAACGUGCGUUUGUGCUACCUUUAUGUAUAUUCCUCUUUUACCUUUUUCUUGUGAAUGGGUGAGAAAGGCUGGGAGAUGUCAGAUUUUUUUUUUAAUCAAAAUUAGAAACUUCUCAGAUAGAAUCUGAAAACAAUAGCUAACAAUGCUCCAUUAACUAAACUGCAUAUAGUCAUGGAAACGCAUGCGCAUAGCCAUAUCAACCAUGCUGUUGAGGGUAGUGGCGGCAAUGGACUGUUGUUUUGCCCGUCUUUGGUUCAAACGUUGAAAGGAAAGACCACAAAUUUCCCUUUACCAAAUAAGUUAGUGCAAAAGGGCUUUUCUGAAGCACCAGCUCCAAAUCAGCUUUCUGGAACUUGUUAUUAAAAUUUUUAAAUGCUAUUAAAAUUAUCAGCAUAACGUAUCCUCCGAAUACGUACCUAUGUUUUCAGAUAUUUCAGAGCACAUUAUCAGUGUCAUAGCUUUGGACCAAAGAAGCGGCUGGCUCUUUGGAGUGGACCGUGCAAUGAACUUCCUUCGCAGCACCGAUGAUGGAGUUUCAUGGAAGAAAAUCUCUUCCAAGCACUUUUAUGACAUCAAAAACGAAACUUUCCUCAAACUGAGCACAGGGAUCCCUGAAAAUAUGGUGUUUGUCAGUCCGGAGACGUUCUGGUCAGCAGCUACUUUCAGCGGAAGAAAGUGGGGAGGUUAGGACGUUUUCAUAGGUUUACUACAUUUUGAGGCAUGCACUGCAUAGAGGUACCGAAUCAACGGAACAUAGCAUCAUCCUUUGACGAGUAAGAGAAUAGCAACACGAAGGCUCACUGUUUACAAACAUUGUUUUUGUUAUUCAAAUGUGUAACGGGUGAAACAAAUUUUGUUUCAAGAACCAAUGCGCUUCGGGUUGGCACAUUAAUAUCAGUGAGUGACGUCAGCGUGAGUACCGCUACAGUGAAUAUGCCCAUGUUCGAUAUACUGUAUUAAAAUUCUAACAUGACUCCGAGGCUUUCUGGUCAUUUUUCUAUAUCUGGUUUUAUUUUCUUUGGUACAAAUAAAGGGGUUUCCUGCGUAGCGUUUGUGUGUGCUAAAAGUGGGAAGGUGGUAAGUUAAACGCUGUUAAUUGCAAAUAAAACUCCGACGUUUCGGCAAUGCUGCCUUCAUCAGGGAAAAUAUGUGAGUUUGUUAUAGCGGAAAAAUGAAAAUUUGCAAAUGCGCGCGUAAAAACAAGCAGCUACAAGCGAGUGUGCGCGCGCGCAAGUCACGUGAAAGAGAAAUCUUGAUUGAGUCCACCAGGCUCAAGUCUCUUCUGGGAAUUGCGAGACAAUGGAGCAGUGAAAAAUUUGCAAUUUUGACCCUAAAGCCUCGGAGUCAUGUUAGAAUAUUAAUACAUCGAACGUGGGUUAUUGUCUAUGUGUUAAUUAUGUUUUUUACUUGUUGAAUUUUUAGUUUCAGCCUAUGGUAUCUACAUGAUGACCGCUGGCCAAAGCGAAUGGAGCAUGGUUGCCUCAUGGAAGUGUUGUGGAAGCUAA